AACAAAAAACGUCAACAAACCCAGACGUGUUUGCGGUGAUGCAAUUUGUUUUUUUUUUUACAUAAAGAAAGCGAAAGUGCUCGACUGACUGAGUUUAAUAAACACACAACACUGUAAUUGUUAUAAGUACAAUUACACGUAGUUGUGACAACAGAACGUUGCCCAAUGUCGAGUUGCAGUUGCAAGCACUAAAGAUAACGGCAAAAAGGGCUAACUAUAACAGCGCCCAAAAAGAGGGGUCCAAGGGCUUUCACACUGUCCAAUGUGCACGCGGAUGGAAAGUUUCGCGCGUAACUGGGCCAUUUGUGCAGCAUAACCUCAACUUCAAACAACAUUUUGGGCAACAUGCAGCGUAUAAUGCCUGGUGCUGGCUGGAGUCUGCCAUUUAGGAUCUCCACUGCCACAAAGGUUGUGUUCUUCUCGCUGAGCGCGGGCGUAGCAUUGGUAGCAGUGUUGUCGCGCUUCUUACGCCGAAGGAAGCCUCCACGUCCACCGCGCCGUGUGCGCAAAUAUACAGGCAGACGCACAAGAAACAGCAUGCGCAGUCCCAAUGAUCUGAUCAGCAUAGCUGGUUCUAAAGCAUCGGCCAGAUCGGGCAGUCCUGUAGGCUCCACUUUGGCCUAUUCAGAUCUUCUUUCCAUGGCCUCUGGAUCCAUAGGUCCUAGUGGACAACAACAGGUUGUGGGCACUGCUGGUGCCACCACUACCGAUGGUGUCGUCGUUUCGCAACUUACAUCACAACAGGCGGGCCUAAUGGGAAUGGAGGCUUUGGAUAUGGCCAUCAAUUUCUGGGAAGAUGCGCUCUCAGCGCAUUAUUCUGCUGGUGGUGUGGCCGCCUCUAACACGGCAGAGGAAUCGGAGUUUUGUCGCGAUAUACAAAAUUUGCUGGAGAUGGCAUAUACGCUGCAGGAACAGAGUGAAAUGUUGUUCCUGGACCAGCGAUCGGUGCUCUUCCGCGAGGAACAUUCCAUAGACGAAGCCGAGGAAUAUGGCUUGACUAAUGCUUCCAAUGCUGGUGACAAUGAUGAGGAUCGUCGUUCACGCAAAUCGGUUAGCGUGCUGAGUCGCUCCGGCUCCGAUCCGAAUUUCGAUUCGGCCGAGAGUUUUGCCUCAGCGCUGGAUCAGGUGGCUGAUCUGCGUGAGUUCGAUGGCUUCAUAGAGACUUCUUAUGAGGAGUAUCCGCUGUUCCAAACAGCGCUCAAGCAUCUUGAGGAGUACAAUGUACCAUGUCGCACCAUCCGCUCCGAUUUGAUGCAUUGCAGCAGCGAUACAGAGUAUCUGGCCAAGCUGCAUUGCGUGCGUUUGGCCUUUGAUGUCCUCUUUGAGAAUCCCGCUGUGGGUCAAUGGAUCUGCGAUGCUGGCCGUCAGGUGCUCACGGAUCUACUAUGCCUGGGCGAUAAGGAUACCAAGGAGUUUCUGGUGGGCUAUGAGGAUAUGAUUAACUAUUUGCAGGAGCCCAAAAAUUGGCCCUGCAUACAAGUGGAGCUGGAGCAGCGCAAUGUUAAAGCGAUGACAUUUUAUGAUAUUUGCCUGGACUUUAUAAUACUUGAUUCCUUUAGGGAUCUGGAUAUGCCGCCUGCUAGUGUUAUUGCUGUCGUCCAAAAUCGUUGGCUAUCCAAUGGCUUCAAAGAGACGGCGCUCACCACAGCAGUCUGGUCUGUAAUAAAGGCCAAGAAACGCAUGCUGAAGUUUCCCAAUGGCUUCAUGGCACAUUUCUAUGUAAUAUCAGAACAGAUAUCGCCGCUUAUGGCCUGGGGAUUCUUUGGACCGAAUGAGAGUAUGCGGGAUAUUUGUCAUUAUUUCCGGGAACAAUUGUUGGCAUUUCUGUCAGACAUUUAUAGCUUUCAAAAAAGUCGCUUUACAACCAUUGACGAGUUCUCUGAGGAUGUGCUCAAGCAUAUGCAGACGAGGGUUAACAACAUAGGAGUCAAGUUCAGCCAGUGAGGAUUGCGAGAGAAAGUAAUUGACUUUACUUAAUGCGCUACAAAAUGCUUUUUCGUUAAUUUUUUAUAUUUUAUAUAUAUAUAUAUAUCUAUAUAUAUGUAGAGAUUUUUGAAGCCAGCUCACUCUACGUUUAAUUUUAAUGCCCCACACACACACACACACAUCUGGUCAUAAACACAUUUACAUUUAUGAUUAAGAUCUGGAUUAAAGUCGCCAAAAACAUUUGUAAAAAUUACAGUAGACACUUUUUACAACGGCUAACUAAAACCUAAUUAGUUUCUGUGUGUACCUUCCUUGGUGUAUAUGAAUUUAAAACAAAAUAAAACUGAAAAACUA